ACCCGCAAUCCGCUCCGCAAGUGACCACGCGACAUCAACACUGUUACCACCCCCCAUGCUCUAACCCAUCCUCCCUACUGUCUCACAAGAAAGCGAACCGGGAAAUCGCCAACUAUCAAACAAUCCCGCACACAAUCGCCGUCUCGAGGCAAAAACACCGCAACGAAGAUGCUAACCUCCGGCCUCACCAACGCGCCCAUCUCCAAGGGCCUCCUCAUCUACACGAUCGCAGCCUCGGUGGCGCUCGCGAUCCUCGACAUCAAGCACCUCGCCACUCUCCAGAUCACGCCGCACCUCUGGCCGUACGGCCAAUACUGGCGGCUGGCGGCGUGGCAGGUCGCGGGGUUCGGCAACUCGACGGAGGCGCUGUUCGCCGCGAUGCUGGCCUACCACCUACGGGUGGUGGAGCGGGCGUGGGGGACGCGGAAGAUGGCGACCUUCCUCCUCACCACAUUACCCUACACCACCCUCCUCCCUCCGCUCCUCCUCCUGAUCCUGCGACCGCUCACCCUCGCGAAGCUGAAUGCGCUGCCCUCAGGCCCAACAGCCACGCUCUUCGCGUUACUCGCGCAGUAUCACGCGUCGAUCCCGCAGACGGUGCGGUAUUGUCUUUCCACGGCCACUCCCACACCCACGACGGCCCCGCCUCCGGCUUCGGCGACAGCGCCCACGGAACAAACUACCAACAAAGCAAACCUCGCGAUCACGCUCUCCGACAAAUCAACCACCUACCUCGUCGCGGCGCAACUCGCCGCCUCGCAGUUCCCGAAUCUGCUCCUGCCGGCCGUGGUCGGGUGGGGGGUCGGGCUGGCGUGGCGGACGGAGGCGCUGCCGCUGUUCUUUGUGCCGGGCGGGUAUCGGUGGCGGGUGCCGGGGUGGGUGGUUGGGCAGGCAGACCGGAACAGCAGUAGCAGUGGCGGUGCUGGUGGGAGAGAGGGGACGGCUGGUUCUGGGAGCGAGCGGUAUGAGGAGUUACGGCGACGGUUGGAGGGGGAGGUUGUUGCUGCUUCGGGGUCGUCGGGGGCCGGAGGAGCUGCAGCUGGAUCGGGGGUUAUGUAUUAUGGUAUGCGGGAUUGGGAGGGUUGGAUCUGUGAUUCCCUGUGAGGGUCAUGUCUGAGACUCCGUGGUAAACUAGCUAUCUCGGGAUACAAUAAGAAUGUUCUCAAGUUGCUGCCUCACAAAGGGUCCAAGGUGCAGGGUUUAUAGUCCAGGAAGAGGCACACGAUCAACCGCCCGAGUCGAUGACCCGCAUAUCACAAACAGCAAAGACAAAGGCAAAAAAGCAAAAACACAUGUCCUCAGGGAGGAUCGAACUCCCGGCCUUGGGAUAUCCUGGAAGUUGAGGGCUUCCAAGUCAUAU